UUUUCGGUAUUUUUCGGCAUAUACCAACCGAAAACCGAAUGCGUUAUGCGAGGGCCGCAUUUGGUACACUGGUGCGCCAUUUUACUCACAUAAAGCCGAAAAUUCACACAGUGGCCAGAAAGUGAGAAAUUGCACAGUGCAAAAAGGUGUUUGGUAAUUGGUGAAAAGUUUUGCGCGUACCGUGAGCCGACCGUUAAUGAUGUGCCCGCCCGCGCAGCGGUGAAAGGCAGUUAAUUGCGGCUUGUAAAGACGCGCUUACCACAACAAACUCGUGCUGUCCGAAAAAAAAGUCGGCGGUUGGAUUGCGGAUUAUCGAAGUACCGUACGGCAACUUUUGUUGGUACGAAAAAGCCGCCCAUGCAUCGCGGCCAAAAAAGAUAAUUUUUCAUGUCUAUAUAAACAAACGCACAGCGAAAGUCGGUUAAAAAAUCAAGCAGAGAAAUGGAGGAGAUAUCCAGUUUGGACUCUUUCGGCGCCGAUUCCAAUGCGCGACCGGAGUCGGCCACCCCCCGGACUGAGGAGCAACCGGAGCAGGAUCGGGAUCAGGAACAGCCUGCGGCGGUAGCAAGCGAAACUCUGGAUACACCCGCUUCGCCGCCGGCGGAGGAUGCUGCAGCUCAGGAAAGCAAACCGCCGCCAGAGAAUUCUGCCAAGGAGCCGGAGGACGACUUCGAACAGAUCUCCGAGGGAUCACUCGACGCCGAGGAUAACCAGUCGCGAGAUAAGGCGGCCAGUACACCAGCAGAUCCCGUGGAAUCAGAGGAACCCGCCGAGGAGCCCACGCCAUCCGAAGAGCCUCAAGCCGGUGAGGAUGAGCAGCCACAAACAGAAGCCGUCCGGGUAGAUCCACAGGAAGAGCCGGAGGAGGCGGAGGAAGAGACAGAUGCCCUGCAGGCCACUGCGGAGGAGGUGGAGGCAGCUGCCGCUGAAGCAGAUGCUGUCGACGGUGGUCCCGCUUCCCCGGAAGCAAUGGAUGUGGAUGAAGCGGAAGGCGAGGCGGAAGCAGAAGGUGAAGCUGAGCAGGAAGCCGAGGACGAUGCAGCACUGGAGCGAGAGGCGGCUGAUGAUGUAGAUAUGCAGUCCGUGGGCGCAGACUCACACCAGGCCGAGGAUGCGGAGCCACCGGAGGGUCGAGAUGAGGUGGACACAAGCCUAGAGGAACAGGACAAUGGUCAAGAUCCAGAUGAGCGGGAAAAAGAGGCGCCCGCCGAUGAGGAUGAUCCGGAUGCAGAAGCAGAUGCGGAAUCGGAGCAGGUGGAUGAAAAUGCGGAGGAAGCUGGUGAAGCCGAGCAUGGCGAUGAUACAGUGGAAAAUGUUUUGGAGCCAGAGGAAUCAGAUGUUUGCCUCAUUCCCGACGAUCAGGAGACGGAAGUGACUGAAGCUGAGAAAGAACUGGCUCGCGAGAACGCCGAGAAGGCCGCGGAAGAGGAGGAGCGUGCCGAGGAGCGGCAAGCCAAGACACCCGAUAACGAUGGCAAGUCCCUGGCAGAUGCCGCCGUCGAUACAGAAGACGGCAGUGCAGCUGCCGUUGACGCCACCGACGAAUCUCCAUCCACGCCAACUGAUGCUCAAGCUGGAGCUAAGGCGGCGGCAACAGAUAUUGCCGAAGCAGACGGAGUAGAUGCAGCAGCAAACGAAGAGGAGGCCGGUGGUGAUGUUCCCGAUCCCGACGAGCCCACAGCUGAGGAAUCCUUCAGUGCCGGAACGGGUGAACCGGGGUCCACGCCGAAAAUCAUCAUUAGUUGGAUCGUUGGCAGCGUACAGAAGUGCAAGCAGUGCGGCGACAAAAAGAAUUGUGGCUUCAGGUACAGGAGUCCAGAGGAGACAGAAGAAAAGGAUAAGGAGAAGGACAAGGCGGAUGAGACUGCUGAGGAGCCAGAGGCUCCGCAAGAGCCUGCUCCCAGUGGGUACGAAUACAUCUGCGAUACCGCCUGUGUCAAUGCCCUGCUAGACGAUCAACCCGGCAAGUACUUUGUGCGCCGCAAGAAGUUCCUGGUGGAGGAAGUUGUUCGUGAAGAAGGCGCCGCCGAAACGGAGGCAAGUGCCGAUGGCGAGGACGGAGAUGCUGAGGAGGCAGCUACUCCAGCCAACACGCAAGAUUGCCUGCAGUGCAAGGAAAAGAUACGGUGCAAGUACUUCAUCAAGCAGGACCAGGACUGCUUCUACAUCUGCAAUGACGAUUGCUUCAAUCUGCUCAACGCUGAGGAGCCAGAGAAAUUCAAGCUGAAGCGGCACUCGAUUCGAGUGCGCAACAUUGGCGCCACAACGCUCCAGCCACCUCAAAACUCGCCCAGCAAACGGACCGAGAGUGGCGUGGUUGCCAGGACGGUGGAGGAGGCAGAGACGGCGCGCCUGGACAGAAUCGAAAGCUUCCGAAGGCGCUGCGCCGACUGCGAGGCGGAGAUCAAUACCGAUGAGAAACAGCUCAUGUGGGAGACCAUGGACUUCUGCAAUGAGGUGUGCCUGGGCAGCUAUCAGCGCACCAUUGGCUCCACUUGCGAGACCUGCAAGCAGGAGGUCAGCUCCAUAGCGCUUGGCAAGUACUGCGUGCGAUUCGGUUUCGAUGUGCGGCAGUUCUGCUGCGCCGGUUGCCUUAACACCUUCAAGAAGGGUCUGAAGACGUGCUCCUGCUGCCAGAAGGAUAUCAGCGGCGGCCAGGAGGGCUUCCUGGCCCCGGUGGGUGACAAGGAUCAGUUCAAGGACUUCUGCUCGCAAGCCUGCCUCCGUCGCUACGACAGCAUGUGCAAUCCCCGACGAAAACUGCGCACCGAUGUGUGCGGUGUGUGCAACCACGAGAAGCCAGUGAGGGUGGAGAUGUUAUUGGAGGACAGAGAACACUACUUCUGCUCGAAUCCCUGCUUCUCGGCCUUUAAGUUUGUGAGCAAUGUGAACGCCGAUCCGUGCGCCAUGUGCGCCAAAUACUUUGAGCGGCGGAGCGCCGAAUCCUACACCAUCUACAACGAACAGCAGUCACCCAAGGUCUUCUGCUCGCGUGUGUGCAUCAACGUGUACAUCAUUGUCAACAGGCACAUCGUGUCCUGCCAGUGGUGCAAGGUGAAGAAGUACAAUUUUGACAUGAUUUACCAGAUUGGUGGCCCCCACGAUCAGGAGACGCUCACCUGCUCCAUCAACUGUCUGACCAUGCACGGCGUUAGCUGCAACAUUUCCGCAAGGGCGGUGACCAAAUGCGACAAUUGCUCCAACUUCAAUACGCCUCAGUAUCACCUGACCAUGUCGGACGCUUCCAUGCGCAACUUCUGCACCUACCAGUGUGUGAUGCAGUUCCAGAAUCAGUUCGCCCGCGCUCCCCUCACGCUGGACAGCGACCUGCCUCCCAGCAGCGGCGCCAGUAGCAGCUCCAAGUCCCAGCAGCAAUCCAAUCGAGGUAGCAAGAACUCGGCACCCUUUCCCACGGGUCUGCCCAAACGUGUCAAACUGAAGCUCUCCCAGACUGGAAAAGGUGGCAUUGGAGGCAAGAAAUCCGGAUCCGGCACCAUGCUACCAGUUAUAUCCACGGUGCAAUCGCUCGCCAGCGGCGAAACGGAAGCCAGAAUCGGAAAUUUGACGGUUCGACGCAAGCGUGGACGUCCCCGGGAUUCGGGACCCUCACCGCCGCCGCUGUCCAUGCAGGGCGUUCAUACGCCAGCACCUCGAGGAAGGCCGCGCAAGCACGUGGUUGAGUACUCAGCACGGUCGCCAUCGCCCACUAUGUCAGGCGGCAGCUCCCACAUGGGAAUACCGGGCAGACGAAAUACUACCACGACUAUGGACUUCGGGCCGGCUACGGUAACGGAGACCAAGAUCAUCACAGUGCCACCAUAUCCCAAGUCUGUGCGAAACGUGAACAUAAGCUGUAAGCCCUUAACAGUGACCCAGGGCGAGCAGUGUACCCCGGACGUGCGGGAUUGCGCCACCCAGACGGAGAAGGACUACUCCAACAAGGUGCUCAUUCCGGUACCGGUGCCCAUCUUCGUGCCGCAACCCAUGUACAUGUACUCGGCUCCGUUCCCCGUGCCAGUGCCCAUUCCGCUGCCAAUCCCGGUGCCUAUUUUCAUACCCACCACGCGCAACACCGCGCAAGGCAUUCUUAAGGAGAUCAAAAAGAUACAAGACAAGAUGCCAGAGGAUCCGCUGGAGGCAGAGUUGCUUAUGAUGGCCGAAAUGGUAGCCGAGGAGAAGCACGAAUCAGACUCCGACUCGGACAACGAGAUCAAGCCGGAUCCUGGCCUGGUCACGCUGCAGUACCAGAACAGCCUCGAGUCCGUCGCCCAGCAGCAGCAACAACAGCAAGUGGUGGACGUCAGUGGAGGCGGACAUAAUCCCUACGGCGAUGAUAUGCUGCAGAUUGCCCUCAAGAUGGCCACAGGCGACUACGACAAUCAUCACCAGACCUCGACGGUGGACCUGGAAACGUCGAUGACGGCGAAUACGAUCAGCAGCCAGUCGCCGAUGGGUCACGACGGAAUGGGUCAAAUGGGAGUACAUCAUCUGGACCAGCAGCAUCACAUGCUUGAUGCCACGCAGCGAACUCCUCGUGGACGCAAGCGCGGCGUAGGCGUCGUCAUGGACUCACCCAAUCGCAAUAGCCGGUCGCCGGUAAAGAGGCAGCGCGGCGGCGAAAUGGACCACUCUGCGCUGCAGCAGCAGUCGCAGCAGGCACAGCAGCCGCAGGAGAAGCCCGACGCGCAGAUGUUCCUUAAGUACACCUUCGGGGUGAACGCAUGGAAGCAGUGGGUGAUGACGAAGAACGCGGACAUCGAGAAGAGCUCAAUGCGCCGGCGGCCCUUCAAGACGGAGCUGCUUCAAAUGACCGCCGACGAGUUGAACUACUCGCUUUGCCUCUUCGUCAAGGAGGUGCGCAAGCCCAACGGAACGGAGUAUGCGCCGGACACCAUCUACUAUCUUGUGUUGGGCAUUCAGCAAUAUCUGUAUGUAAAUGGACGCAUAGACAACAUCUUCUAUGAUCCGUACUAUGAGCGGUUUACCGAGUGCCUUGACGAGGUGGCGCGCAAGUUCUCCGUGCUUUACAACGAUUCGCAAUACAUUGUCACUCGCGUGGAGGAGGAGCACUUGUGGGAGUGUAAGCAACUGGGCGCCCAUUCUCCGCAUGUUCUGCUGAGCACGCUUAUGUUCUUUAACACCAAGCACUUCAAUUUGACGACUGUGGAGGAGCACAUGCAGUUAUCCUUCUCGCAUAUAAUGAAGCACUGGAAGCGCUCAUCACAGAAUUCCAAAGUUCCUGGCUCACGAAACGUGCUCUUACGAUUCUAUCCACCGCAGGCGGGUCUGGAUGCCAAUCCGCGGAAGAAGAAAGUCUACGAGCAGCAGGAGAAUGAAGAGAAUCCGCUGCGCUGUCCCGUCCGCCUUUACGAAUUUUAUCUCUCUAAAUGCCCCGAGAGCGUGAAGACCCGCAACGAUGUCUUUUAUCUGCAGCCCGAGCGCUCCUGCGUGCCCGACUCACCGGUUUGGUACUCGACGCAAGCACUGGGGCAGGACGCACUGCAGCGGAUGCUGCACCGCGUCAAGAUGGUCAAGGAAAUCAACAUAGCGCUACUAACGACUUAAUGUUUAGUUAGGCAGUUAUAUCAUUGUGUACGUGCACGGCUUGUCCUGCAAUGACACCCGGAGGACGUUUCUUCGGCUUGGUGCUUAGCACAAGUUUGUUUGCGGGCAAAACCAAAUAGGACUAACCUAGGAGCGAGAGUUGUGCUAUAUUAUAAAUUGUUUUAAACUUAUUUGUACACCUAUUUUGAUUGUCUAUAGUUGCGAAAUCGCUGAAAGAGGUGACCUUGUAUAAAAUGUAAACGCCAACCAAGCCCAUCUCACAUUCGAUUGACUAAAUGUAGGAAUCAACAACCAGCAAUACACAAACUAAGCACACACUCACACACGCACACUCAUGCAGACACCCGAGACAUUUUCAUUAGUUUUAGGAUCGUAAGCCAGACAACCAUGCAUCUUUAGUCAUUACUUAGAUUGUUUAGGCGAUAAGGCAAGAGCGAUAUGCCCGACCGGAUAAGUGCAUGUAUGUAUGUACAUAGAUUGACGAUGGAUGACCAGAGCAUGUACAAUGUGAGUUGUACAUAGGAUGCGAACCUUAACAAUUAGCCGCGCUGUUGUUGUAAGUGUUGAAUUGUAAAAUGCUGUAAUCCUUAACUGCAAGAUCGAAGUGCAUGUACAUGUCUAAUUAUAAAUACAUACAUACUUUCUAUGAA